UAAACUAACUUCUUAUUAAACAUUUGAUUAAUUGUUAGGAAAUUUUAAUUUUAAGUUGACAUUUUGUGCAUUGAAAUAAAGUUAGCCAAUAAUUAAAUAUAUAUUUAGAAAGUUAUAAGUAUUUAUUUACAAAUAUAAAUAAGUUUAUCUACGUAAUUUGUUUAUUAUAUUUGUGUUUAAAACAAUUGUUAACUAACAAAAAAAUUAGUUUGAGUGCUAAAAAUUAGUAAAAAUAUCCUUAUGAACAAGUUUCAAAUAUUUUUGAUUCCUUUUAAAAUAGUAGGAGCAAAAUAAUAUCAUAUGGGAAACCAUCCUUCAAGCGUUAUGGAAGAUGACGAUUUAUUCGGAUAUGCUCCUUCUGAUAUAUCUGAUUCUGAUGAUAAUUUUAGAACCGAUGAAAGUUUCAUUCAUUAUUUACGAAGGUAUGUAUCUUUUCAUGGUAUUUCUAGCAUAAUUACAAGUAAUCCUGUUCCGAGCUAUAGCAGUACAAACAAAAAAAUGCCCUUUAUACGAAAACGACCAGAUUUAAGUACAUUUAAGGAUACAGAAUUAUAUCGUGAAAUCAAAAGAAAUUGUGAUAUGGUAGCUGAUAAUAGUUUACCCGAUGAUAGAUGGUCUUUGGAAAAAUUAAUUAGAGAACGGGAAAAUGGUUUGGGAAGAAAACCAGCUGGACAAUUACAUACAAAUACGUAUCGCCAAAUAUCUAAUUUGUACAUUCCAAAUCAUAAAUCGCAACGUUUAAUGUCUCUAAAUAGACAAGUUUAUGUCGCUAAAUUUAAUAAAAUUGGUAGUAGGCUUGUAAUUGCAAGUCAAGAUCAUUUUAUUAGAGUGUUUGAUUCUUCGAAAGGAACGUAUCAUAGAAUUAAUAAAAUUCAAGCCCAAGAAGUACACUGGUGUAUAGUAGACUUGGAUUUUAGUCCUUGUGGCGAAUAUUUUGUUUACUCAACAUGGUCAGACUAUGUGUUUACGGUUCCGUUACAUGAUCGAGGCAAUGAUGAAUUUCAUUGGCAUCAUAUGAAUCCUGAAGGUAUUCGUACCUGCAUAUUUUCAGUACGUUUUUCACCUUGUGGUAAUUUUUUGGUUGGUGGUUCAAAUGAAGCUUCAAUCCAUAUGUAUGAUCGGACGGUGGGACGAAGGGUAGCCAAGCUAACGACUGAUACUAAUGGAUACAACGAUACCAAUGCUAUUAGUUUUCUUGGAGAUGAUCCAAAUAUAUUUGUUAGUGGAUGUGAAUCUGGUGUAAUAAAAUUGUGGGACAAACGAUGCUUUACAUCUGGUAAACCAGAUUUAUCAGUGGGUUUGUUUGUUGGCCAUUUGGAUGGAAUAACAUAUAUAGAUCCAGCAAAUGAUAAUAGACACUUUUUAACAAAUUCAAAAGAUCAAAGUAUUAAGUUAUGGGAUAUACGAAGAACAUCUCCAAGGGAAAAAGAAUCAGUAGUCAAAGUAAUUAAUAGCUGGGAUUACCGUUUUGACAGAGUGCCUGCAGAAUUUUAUAAUCCAACUGAAAACUUAGAUGGAGAUUCAAGUAUAAUGACUUAUCGGGGUCAUAGAGUAGCAAAAACUUUAAUUAGAGCAAAAUUCUCACCCAAAGAAACGACAGGGCAACGUUACAUAUAUAGCGGUUGUGGGACGGGUCGUAUUAUAAUAUAUGAUGUACUUACCGGAUGUAUAAAACAAACGGUUGAUGGUCAUAAAGAUCUUGUUCGUGAUCUCGAUUGGCAUCCAGUAAGAAAUGAAAUAAUUUCGAGCUCUUGGGAUUCUCAUGUAAAUUUAGUCGUGUUCAGGCGUAAUGAAUUAAAAAGACGCCAAUCAAUGUCAUCAGAAGACCCAUCGAAAUUAAGACGUUCAAGGCGUUUAGCACAAAAACGGGCUUAUGAAAAUUAUGAAUAAGAUUUUCUAUAGAAUUAAUUUAUAUAUUUUCUAAUAUGUAUAAAACUUAAAUAAGAAUAAAUAAUUUGUUAGAGGUGUCUUCUUAAUAAAACAUUGUUACCAUAAGUGAAUUAAGUUUUUCUUUUUCUUGUUAAGAAUAUUUAAUUUCUGAAUAUUAAUUUAAUAAUUAGUUUUUUUUUUUUUAAUCACAAAAAUAUGAAUAUAA